ACAUCUCUUUGCAACUGCACCGCACCACAGAAUCUCCUAGACUACCUCGUUUCCUCCGGCCAACGUAUACGCACCCGGCCAUCCCGUUCCCGGUCCUUCUGCAUCUAUACACCCCGUACACUCACAUUCUCCACCAUGGCUUCAGCAUCGUCAGGGGCCGUCUUCAUAAUGGCCAGAGAAGAGAGUACAGAGGACAAGCUGAAGAGGCUCAUGUCUGAUCCGUUUGCAACACAGGUCGCCGGUGAAUCUAUUAUUGCCGCCGCAGGCACAUCGCUUGCCGUCAUGGCUGUUGUUUUCCUCGCCUUUUGUAUCCUUCGCCCGUGGAACCAGGUCGUGUACGCUCCUCGACUCCGCCAUGCCGACGACAAACAUAAACCACCUCCCAUGGAUAAAUCUCUCUUCGCCUGGUACAAGCCUGUUUUCAAGACUGCCGAGGAGCAAUACAUGCACAUCAUAGGCUUGGAUGCCACCGUCUUCCUCCGCAUUGCUCGCAUGUGCCGAAACAUGUUUGUGGUACUAGCCAUAGUCGGAUGCGCUAUCCUUAUCCCCACCAACAUCAUCAAUUCCACCACAUUCGAGUGGCAGCAGAAGAAAGACAAAAGCAUACUGUUUCUUAUCACUCCCUUGGAUCUCUGGAAUCGGGCUUAUUGGGCUUAUGUCAUAGUGGCAUAUCUUUUCGACAUCAUCAUAUGUGCCUUCCUCUGGUUGACAUAUCGUGCUGUUCACCGCCUACGCAGAAAAUUCAUGGACAGCCCCGAGUACCAAAACGCCUUGCACUCGAGAACAUUGAUGGUAACAGACAUCAAGCGCAACUUACGCAGCGAUCAGGGUAUCAUAGAUAUCACUGACAGCUUGAAAACCGUGCCUGAGGUCCCGCGUGGAGCGAUCGGUAGAAACGUCAGGGAUAUUCCAGAUCUGAUCGAAGAGCACGAAGAAGCUGUCGUAGCGCUGGAACAGGUACUUUGCAAGUAUCUUAAGAAUCCGAACAGUCUUCCUGCUCAGAGGCCGACCUGCAAACCAUACAAGAAGGACCCGGAAUUCGGUAGCACUAGCCAGAAAGUGGACGCCAUUGACUAUUUGACGGCCAGAAUCCAGCGCCUGGAAACAAAGAUCAAGACGGUUCGGGAGACAGUGGAUAAGCGAGAUGCAAUGUCGUACGGAUUUGCGAGUUACGAGACGAUCGAGUCAGCUCACACAGUCGCGUUUGCAGCCCGUAGCAAGCACCCGAAGGGCGCCACUGUACAGCUUGCUGCGAAGCCCAAGGACAUCAUCUGGAAGAACUUGUCCCUUACUCCUCAGUCGCGACGGUGGAGGCGAUUUAUCAACAGUUUAUGGAUCGCUCUUCUUACCAUGCUGUACUUCAUUCCCAACGCCUUGAUCGCCGUGUUUCUUGCACAGUUGAGCAAUAUCGCUCAGCUAUGGGACCAAUUCGACGAUGAGAUGAAGAAGAAUCCAAGAACAUGGGCUAUCAUCCAAGGUAUCGCGGCGCCUGCACUUACCUCGCUUUUCUACUACUUUCUUCCAAUCAUCUUCCGGAAACUGUCUAUGAAGGCAGGUGACAUCACCAAAACCUCUCGCGAAAGGCACGUGGUGUCCAAACUCUACUCCUUCUUCCUUUUUAACAACAUGAUCGUCUUCUCCCUCUUCGGUGCCGUCUUCAAGAUGAUCAGUGCAAUUGUGGUGAUUGCAAAGGAAGGCAAGAUGCCCUGGAACAAAGUUAUCGAGGAAGUGCACCCGCUGCAAAACAUCAUCGUUGCACUCAACAUGAUUUCUCCCUUCUGGGUGACUUGGCUUAUACAGCGCAACUUGGGUGCUGCUAUCGAUCUAUCGCAACUUGCCAACCUGGCGUGGGGUUCUUUCUCUCGCAAAUUCUUGAACCCGACGCCACGAGAACUCAUCCAGCGCACAGCUCCCCCGCCCUUCGAUUAUGCAAGUUACUACAACUACUUCUUAUUCUACUCGACCGUGGCCCUUUCUUUCGGAGUCUUGCAGCCUCUGACGUUGGUUGUGACCGCAUUCUACUUCACCAUGGAUUCCUGGAUGAAGAAAUAUCUUUUGAUGUACGUGUUCUGCACCAAGAAUGAGUCUGGCGGACUUUACUGGCGAGCUAUCUUCAAUCGCUUCCUCGUGGCCGCCUUCAUGUCGAACUUAAUCAUUGCCUUCGCGGUCGCCGCGCGCGGCGACCAAUGGAAGAUGAUGCUGGGCGCCAUGAUCCCCAUACCUUUCCUCCUUCUGGGCUUCAAGUUCUACUGUAAGAAUGCAUUUGAUUACUCGAUGAAGUAUUACACCAAAGGCGAGUCCGGGAAAGGUGUGGAAGCACCUACGCCGAUCGACAAGGAAUCUCGCAGGCGUGACCGCGUGGGCGUUCGUUUCGGACAUCCAGCACUCUACCAGAAACUGACCGUACCCAUGGUCCACGAGAAAAGCAAACACAUGCUUGCUGAAGUCUACCGAGGUCGAUUGGACGGAGAUGUUGGAGGGACUGCGGGCUACAGUGACGUUUACUCGAUGAAACGUAUGAGCAAAGAGAACCCCGGUAAAGCAGUUGCAGGCACCGGCCCCUUCGAAUUCGUAUCAGAGGACAACAUGGACUACGAAAACUACAAGAACCGCCCCGAAUUUAGUGAUGAGCACGGCGGUGACGGGUCCAUAUACGGCAACAAUAGUAGCCGUCCCAGUACACCUACCUCGAUCAUGGCUGGUGGCGACCGUGGCCGCGCCAUGUCUCGCGACUCGGAACGAGCUAUAUCGCACGACGACAACGGUGUUACAUACCCUGCCGGGUACCAUACGACACCAUCGAACCUUCGCGAAUUUAGCCCUAGCCCCGACCGAAAUGGGUUCGGUCGGAUCGAGUCCAACCGCUCGCAACAGUACAUUGCGGCCGAUGACUCGAAUUUGCUGGUUUCAGCUGCUCCUAUGGGACAUCAAACGCCCAAUCAAGCAUUUACACCAUACUCCCCAAACCGGGAUGGAGCUAGAACAGACUACUUUCGAGGAUAAAUCAGUACUAGGUGCUCCCAACACGCAUUUCAAACGAAUUUCUUUGUUGUGUCACCAUUUCCCUGGAACUAUAAUCGCUAGAUACUUCCAUUGCAUCAUAUAGAGUAGGAAAAAGCCCCACAUACUCUCCUUUUAAAACUUUUCUUCUUUCCAAUCAUGUUCGCACCGACUAUCAGCGGCAGCUCUGGGCAUUUCAAUGGCGUUUCAUACAGCGUGUGGAUUCUCUUUUUCCUUUGGGUGGCCGGCUUAGAGACAGAGAUGUAGAGCGAGGGAGACGAAGAUACCAUGGAUUCAUAUUAUAUAGCAUGUCUUGUGUAUAUACGUUGCCAAUCCAUCUGCCUUGAAAGAGGCAUGGUGAUCAUUUCAGAUUCCAGUCCACGUCUUCAUAACCACUCGGAUGUUCUCAUGCUUUGUUCCUCGGCGGAUCUCCAGCCAUAUUGUGUGCACACCAUGCAUGCCUGUGCGAACGACGAACAUUCACGCGUGAUUAUACCUCACGUCUUUUCCUUGCGGACACACUCUCACUUUAUCGC